AUGUCGGCGCCCGCCGCCAAGGCCACGAAAAAGGAGCUCAACUCCAACCACGACGAGAAAGAACAGCAAGAAGCGAUCGAACACAUCGACGAAGUACAGAACGAGAUAGACAGGCUCAAUGAACAGGCGAGCGAGGAAAUCCUGAAAGUAGAACAGAAAUACAACAAGCUUCGCCAGCCCUUUUUCCAGAAGAGGUCGGAAUUGAUCGCCAAAAUCCCAAACUUCUGGGUCACGACAUUCGUAAACCACCCGCAAGUGUCGGCGCUCCUGGGGGAAGAAGAUGAAGAGGCCCUGCAUUACUUAACACGGGUGGAAGUCUUCGAGUUUGACGACAUAAAGUCCGGUUAUAAAAUAGACUUUUAUUGCGAUGAAAAUCCGUACUUUGAAAACAAAGUUCUCUCCAAAGAGUUUCACCUAAACGAGAGCGGCGACCCGUCUUCCAAGUCUACGGAAAUCAAAUGGAAAUCUGGCAAGGACCUGACGAAGCGCUCCAGUCAGACACAGAACAAGGCGAGUCGGAAGAGGCAGCACGAAGAGCCCGAAAGCUUCUUCACGUGGUUUACUGACCACUCCGAUGCGGGAGCAGACGAGCUCGGAGAGGUCAUCAAGGAUGAUAUCUGGCCU